AUGAGUGCAUGUAAAAAAGAUCAAGAUAUCGAAGAAUGGUUAUUAAUGGAUGUUCCGGAUGAUCCAGAAUCUGAGGACGAAUACGAUAUAGAUGAUGGCGAUACCGAUGAGCAAGCUCAACAAGAGGUAAUUGAACUUGGUAAUUUUUUUUUGCAAAAUGAAUGUGAAACCGUUGAAAAUAACAAAGAACCAUUAAUUACUGAUAAUUCGGGUGUAAUUAUUUUUGAUUUUCCGGAAUUUGACUUUUGCCAUCAAACCGAAGACGCAAGUCUAAACAUCACUAAUACACCAAGCUCUUCUAGAACUUUGAGACCAAGAGUAUCAAAUUCAACUAAUUUGUCCAAUACACCUAUUUCUGAUCAUGUUGCACCUGAUAAUACACAAACACUAGAACAUAUCGAUAAUAACACUUUAGAACUUGCUGCUAAUACCACUCCAGAUCCUGUUAGGCAAUGGCGUAAAAAAAAUGAAAUUACAGCACUUUUACCAGAUUUUGAAAAAAAUUUAGGUUACAAUCAAGUGAUGUUUGGUGAUUAUUUAAAUGUGCCAGCUAUUUCUGAAGUUAUGACGAGAGAUCGAUUUGUAGAAAUACUAUCUAAUAUUCACGUCAAUAAUAAUGACAAUAUUUCUAAUAACAAUAAAGACAAAUUGUUCAAAUUACGUCCUAUGAUAGAUAGUUUGAAUCAAAUUUUUUUGGAGUCUUCAUCUGGAACUCGUGAACUUAGUGUUGAUGAGUCUAUGAUUAAAUUCAAGGGUCGCAGUACGUUAAAACAAUAUAACCCAAUGAAACCCAUAAAAAGGGGUUACAAAUUGUGGUGUAUUGCAGACCAAAAUGGAUAUAUUAUGAAAUUUUCGGUGUACCAAGGAAAAAAUGAAACGUUAGAAAAGCAGUUCGAGAACACUAAUUUGGGAGAAAGAAUUGUAUUGCAGUUAACAAAACCAUUUUGGAAUGAAACUAGACUUAUAUUUUUCGAUAACUAUUUUACAACUAUUCCACUCCUAGAAAAGUUAAGAACGCAACAAACAUUAGCUUGUGGUACAAUUCGACAAAAUCGUAAAGGGAUGCCACAAAAUUUCAAAAAAGAUUCUGAAAUACAUAGAGGAGAAUUUGACUACCGAUUUUCUACUUCAGGUAUUGGAAUCUUCAAAUGGAAAGAUAACAAAGUGGUACAUAUAGCAUAA